UCGUAUUAGAGUUUUAUAGUUUCCUUAGAAACGGUUUCUCGAUGUGAGGAUUACUGUUUCAUAUGUUGGUAAAAUCAACGAAAGAACAAAAGACUAAGGUCACGGAAACAAAAACAAACAACACAAACAGAUAGUUAUAAGUUUUUCUGUGGGUCUGUUGCAUUCAUAGUUCUGGCGCUUAGAAACAUUUUAACAGUUUCGCCUUGGGCGUUUCACCACUCUAAGCCCACAACUCAGCUGUUUUCAUUCAGGAGAAUGUCGUCCAAGAUGUCAAGCAGCAAGGAGCCACCAAAAAAGAAGGUGAAGACAGAAGAAGCAUCCAGUCCUACUACUUCGAAGUCUGAUACAAACUUGAAACAACGUUUGGUGCAAGAUCGUAAAGAGACUGCACCCUCAAUCCUGGAAUUUAAAUUUAACAAAAAACGUGUUAGAAUAUUAUCAGAGGCUACUGAUGUUUCUGAAAAUUGCAAAGGUAUUGCAUAUUGGAUGUUCAGAGAUGAAAGAGUUCAAGACAACUGGGCAUUUCUUUUUGCACAACGCUUGGCUCUCAAGAACAAAGUUCCACUCCAUGUUUGUUUCUGCCUUCUUACGAAAUUCCUUGAUGGCACCAUUCGCCAGUUCAAGUUCCUCCUCAAAGGCCUGCGAGAAGUACGCAAGGAAUGUGAGGAAUUGAAUAUAGAGUUUCACAUGUUGUAUGGAAGCGGAGCAGAAGUUAUGCCGGACUUCAUAAAGAAGAACAAAAUUGGGGCUCUUGUAAUCGAUUUUAUGCCUUUGCGUAAUGUUAUGAAUUAUGCUGACCAGCUGAAGAAGACAUUGCCCAAAGAUGUACCGCUGUGCCAGGUUGAUGCUCACAAUAUUGUUCCUUGCUGGCAAGCAUCAGAGAAAUUGGAAUAUGGAGCUAGAACCAUUCGGCCCAAAAUACAUAAACAACUGCCUGAGUAUCUGACUCAGUUUCCACCAGUUAUCAAACAUCCAUACUCGGGAUCACUUAAAGCAGAUAAAAUUGAUUGGGAAAAAUGUGAAGCUCAUCUGGAGGUAGAUCGAACUGUGGAUGAAGUGCAGUGGGCAGUUCCUGGAUACUCUGGUGGAAUUUCAACCCUGGAAAGCUUUAUCAACAAAAGGCUUAAGAUUUUUGGAUCAAAAAGAAAUGACCCAACCUUGGAUGCGUUAAGCAACAUUUCACCCUGGCUCCAUUUUGGUCAGGUCUCAGCACAGCGGUGUAUUUUGGUGGUGAAAGCUUUAAGAAGUAAACACCCAGAAAGUGUUGAUGCUUACAUUGAAGAAGCAAUUGUCAGAAGAGAACUGUCUGAUAACUUCUGUUUCUAUAACCCUAAGUAUGACAGUAUUGAGGGUACCAAUGAGUGGGCAAAGAAGACGCUGAAUGAUCAUAAGAAGGACAAAAGACCUUACUUGUACUCUCGGGAAGAGCUGCAGAAUUCCAAAACGCAUGACGACUUGUGGAAUUCUGCCCAAAUUCAGCUUGUGAAGGAAGGCAAAAUGCAUGGUUUUCUAAGAAUGUACUGGGCAAAGAAAAUUCUGGAGUGGACUGAAAGUCCAGAGCAGGCUCUUUCUGAUGCCAUCUAUCUUAAUGAUCGCUACAGUCUUGAUGGACGAGACCCAAGUGGAUAUGUUGGUUGCAUGUGGUCCGUUUGUGGUAUACAUGACCAAGGGUGGGGAGAAAGAGAUGUGUUUGGGAAAAUUCGCUACAUGAAUUAUCAAGGAUGCAAAAGGAAGUUUGACAUUGCUGCCUUUGUCUCUCGCUAUGGUGGCAAAGUUUACACAAAAUCUUCAAGCACACUGGACAAGUUUGUCUCAAAGGGUAAAAAGAAGUAGCAUGGCAAGGUAUCUUGAAGCAUCCACUGAUUGUAGUACAAAUAGAUCAUAGAAGGAGGAAACUGUAACACUGUGAUUGUGUACCUGCACCUAUUUAUACUCUUAUCAGUUAAGUUUUGAUCCAAACUGUUAUUACUUUUCUUCGUGUUUUAUUUAACAAAACAAACUGUUAUCUACGGGUGGUAAUAAUUACUUAAUCUUGUCGA